AUGUACUCAUUCCAGGCGAUUAAAGGUGUAAUUAACUACUGUUCACUGUGCAGCGACCUGGUGAACCUUGUGCUGACGGCGGAAAGAUACAUGAUUGUGAGGCACCCGGUUUUUUGGCAUAGUCGAAGCUCGACGUGGAAACGCGGCUAUCUUCAAGUUAUGGUACCAACUUGUUUUCUUCUCAGCGUUGUGCGCCUUGACCAGGCGCUGAAACAUUCGGUCAUGACGUCGGCGGUCCCUCAUGCAAAUCGUACGGAAAGCAUCGUAAUGCCGAGCAGCCUUUCCGAGACUGUCUUCUACCAUGAGUGGGUGUUCGUCAGCGCCUUCGUACUGCCUGUGAUCAUUCUGACGCUGGAAUGCUAUUUUACCUCAUGCAUUGUUCUCGUUCUGAAGCGCCGCCAAAAUCUUGUACACAAUGAAUCGAUCCAUAUGAGGCAGGUACGUUCCACACUAUCUGUGGAGGCGAAUGUGAGUCAAACCAGGUCCGAGGAGUCGUCUAAUAUGACCAUCAUCGUUAUCAUCACCGCGGUCACUUGCUCCAUGGCCCAAUUGGCGUACAUAGUCGAUUGGAUCAUUGAUUGCAACCAAAUCCUUGUAAACCCCGAGCAGGACGACAUCAAUAUUAGAUGGCUGUUAACCGUGGAUAUGGAGUACUACUACGGUUUCCUGAUCGUCGGACUGGCAGAAUUUGUUAGUCGUUGUAUGCCUUUUUACUGUUACGUGACAUUCAAUCAAACGUUCAGAGAGCAAGUCAAAAAGUCAUUAUGUCGCUUUUGA